GUUGAAUUAGCUUCAUGAUUUGUAAGCAGCUGUCCGUGCUAGCAUGGCAUCUGGUAGUCCAUAUUUUGAUGAUGUGCGGACCAAAUCUGAGGUUAUUGAUCCUCCUCAAAGUGAAGACAUGAUGGAUGUUGAAGAAGGUGUGAAUGAUGCUACUCUCAUCCCGUUAAAACCUAAUGUGACCGUUUCUAGCAGUGUUCGUGAACUUCUGGAGUGCCCUGUGUGCUUAAAUGCCAUGUACCCCCCUAUUCAUCAGUGUUCAAAUGGUCACACGUUAUGUUCUGGUUGCAAACCCAAGGUUCACAACCGGUGUCCCACUUGCAGGCAUGAUCUUGGUAAUAUAAGAUGUCUUGCAUUGGAGCAGGUGGCUGCUUCUCUGGAACUUCCAUGUAAAUAUGAGAGUUUUGGUUGCACGGGCAUAUACCCUUAUUACAGCAAGCUAAAACAUGAAUCUCAAUGUCUACAUAGACCCUAUAACUGCCCCUAUGCUGGUUCAGAAUGCACUGUUAUUGGAGAUAUUCCUUAUCUGGUGGCCCAUUUGAAAGAUGAUCACAAAGUUGACAUGCACAAUGGCAGCACUUUCAACCAUCGCUAUGUAAAAUCAAAUCCCCAUGAAGUUGAAAAUGCUACCUGGAUGCUAACGGUUUUCAGUUGCUUUGGCCAGUAUUUUUGUCUACAUUUUGAAGCUUUCCAGCUUGGGAUGGCUCCUGUCUACGUAGCAUUCUUGCGGUUCAUGGGGGAUGAUAACGAGGCAAAGAACUACAGCUACAGUCUAGAAGUGGGUGGAAAUGCGAGGAAGAUGAUUUGGCAAGGGGUGCCGCGUAGCAUUAGGGAUAGUCACCGGAAGGUUCGUGACAGUUUCGAUGGUCUCAUCAUUCAACGCAACAUGGCUCUCUUCUUCUCGGGGGGAGACCGAAAGGAGUUGAAACUUAGGGUGACUGGAAGGAUAUGGAAGGAACAGUGAUAUUAGUCUCUCCCUUAACCUCCCUUACUUCAAUCUUCUUCUAUAGUUUAGUAAGGUUAGUCACUUUUCGUUGGCUAUAAGUAGUCUCUUUUGCCCAUGUAUUUUUUGGAAUUUAGGAAGCAAACUCUCUUUGCUUGUUCAUGCUUUAAUUGCAUGAGUUAGAAGGAACUCUUAUUCUAGAAUUAAAAUAUCUUUCUGUAUUCAUGCGUGAAGAGAGGAGGGAAGGGAGUCCAUAAAUCACCCUAAGGCCCAGAGGAUGAUCACUCAUGAGUUAAAAUUGUUAAGUACAA